CACAUGAAGCGGCCUUGAGGAUACAACUCUGCUUACAGCAUUUGGCAGCUUACAUAAAACACGCCCGUGGUGUCUCGCUAGAACUGAACGUUGUCUUGCAUGAGGCAGUACAUGUGUGUAGUUACUCCGUUCGACGGACUGUUCAGACGCCUGGACAUGCCGCCGCAGCGUGUAGGGGGGCUUUAAUGGAGGCUGCCCCGCCACGAUGGCUGAUGGAUUGCUGUCACUGUCGUGGAACAAUCACAUGUCCACCUUUUCCCACAUGCUGUCAGAUGUUCGGGAUGUGGCAAGGUAUACAGACGUGACACUAGCUUGUGAUGGAAAAUUUUAUCCAGCUCAUAAACUGGUGUUAUCAACUUGUAGUGACUAUUUCCUAAAGAUGUUUGAAAUCACAUCAUGUAAACACCCAGUAAUUAUUAUCAGGGAUGUGAAGUCUAAGAACAUGGAAGCAUUACUUAAUUACAUGUAUGCUGGUGUUGUGAAUGUAAGUCAGAGUGACCUGCCACAGCUUAUCAAGGCUGCUGAGUUGUUGGAAAUCAAAGGCUUGGCUGUGGCAGAUGAACCUCCCAGUGACAGCAAAAGACCAGCACAGACCAUAGACACUCCUGUGGAUCGCAGCAGCCCAAACCCAAAGCGACCCAAACAAGAUGAAAAGAGGCUGCCAGAUCAGGCAGAAAUGCUCAUUAAUUCUCCUACUCCACCUCAGUCAUCUCCUCUGAGGAAAGAUGACAAUCUGGAUGAGCAAGCAAAUGCUCAUGAUGUUUAUGAAAAUGUGAACCAGAAACAAAUUCAAAGUGAACUUAAUCAAGAUAGAAAAGAUACAAGUUGCAGCAGAUCUGAGCAGCUAGACAGCGAACAUGGUUCAGACCAGUUGAUCCUCGCAAGACAGGUGGCAAGUGAGAUUGGCAUCAAGGAGGAGAAAAUUGACUUGGAAAAUGAAAAGGAGGCUGCAGACAUGGGGUAUGAAUAUGAUUCUUUGAUGACUGACCUUAUCGGGGAGGAAGGAGGAGGCCCCAAAGAACACAGUGCAUCCAUGGAACCCUUUAACCACUCCUUAAAUGAAGAGUCAUAUAGUUCUGAAGCAGGACCUUCUGGGUUGCAAGUGUGGCCAGUCCUUGGUGAAGGUGCAGAAUCAGCUGGUCAGGGUUACACUGGAGGUCUGCCCGUAGGAAAUCACUCCGGGCUGCAAUCACUUCAAAUGGAUCACAUGAUGAGGAAAGUUACUGAUGGUGAACAUACUGUGAGAGGACAAGUCUUGGGAGAAAUGAACAACUUUGCAACUCCAUACAAGAGAUAUCUCUGUUCUUUCUGUGAUUAUGCAACAAAUAAUGCUACCUGUCACAAGCGGCAUGUGCGCACUCACACUGGUGAGAAGCCUUUCCACUGCCCCUACUGCCCUGCAAAGUGCACUCGCAAAGCCACGCUGCUCGCCCACAUACAGUGUCACACAGGGGAGACGCCUCUUAUGUGUUCACAUUGUCCUUAUGUUUCAAGGCAAAAAAGUAAUCUUAAUAGACACAUUAAAAGAUAUCAUAGAAAUUUAUGAAAUGACCAGUUUAUGAUAAGUAACAUUCAGUUCAGAUUGAAGAGCCUGUGAAAUACAAUAAUCAUUUCACUGUACGUAUCACUAAUUUUAUGACUCUGAUGUAUUGCAAUACAGUAAACCCUGAGUAUAUCAAUCUAAUUUGGGGAAGACGAUAAAGGAAAAUAUUAGAAAAAAUGGCAGUUAGAUUUCUCCUCACACAGCCAACUUUGUUUGGUAAAUGAGAUGGAAGUUCGGUAUACCAAAGUAAACCUCAAAUAAUAUUAAUUUUGGUGACUCAUGGAUUGGCUCUAAAUUAUACAGCUUAUACUUUAUUUUGGUUUGAAUAAAACAACAGAUCUUAUGGAAAAAUGCUUUUACUGUGCUCAAAUAAACAAGAACACAUGUGAAAACAAAUAAUUAAAUUUAAAUACAUACUAUACAUACAUACAUAAGUACAUACUAACACAUCAACAUUCCACUUCAACUGUUGCUGUGAGACUAAGGCAUAGGCAGCAUGUGCAGGUAUGGUGUGUAUGUUCACCAACACCACCACCACCACCACCACUCACACUGUCCUUAUCUUCUUCCUACCUUCACUCACUCUCGUGCUGUUGUUGUCACUCACCAAAUGGUCUCCCUCAUAUACUGACUUUUAUUCAGUAAAUCAGAUGGAUGGUUGGUGGGCCAUAGUAUGUUUGAUAAAUACAAAAUUCUGUAUAAUAAGGUUUGAAAUAAUGAUGGUUUACUGUAUACUGAAAAUACUUUCAUAGCUUUUUCCUCACAAAGUUUCAUUGUGAAAAAUAUGUGAUAGUAAUAUUUAUCUCAAUAACAAUAAUGUUACCUCAGUAUUUUCAGUUUGACUGCUUGCGUUUGAUUGUCAGAACCUGUUAUUGGAAUAUUGCAUUUAGUUACUGUUCAUUUAUUUUAAUGCCAAAGUGAUGUAAUGGUUCAGCUGUCUAUUCAGACAUGCAGACAUAGAUACAAAUUACUGAAGUAAAAUUAGACUUCUUUAUAUACUUUUUUGGGGGGAAUAUGUCAUUCUGUUAAACAUUUCAUAAGAAGCAGCAUAUUUUUUUUAUUCAUGAUGGUGUAUGAUUUGACUUUUGUGUGUAAGGGAGUCAGCCUAAUCAGAUUGAUAUUAGGUGCCCUUAGAUUUUGAGCUUUAAAGACAGCCAUGAUGGCCAGCUCUUCAAGUUUGCACCUUGCUUUCUGGCACCCAGUGCUAAGUCUCCAACUCUACACUGUGAAGCACCUUGGGUGCUUCUUACACGGAAGCUACCAAAGGAGUGUCGGCACAUCAGACAAGUGGGGCUGUCACCCACAUCGAUUGUUGCUGGCAUAAGUGAAAGGUAAUUGGCAACCAUGCUCAAAUAGUAUGAAAUAACAAGUUAGUACAGUCUUCUGGCAGAAGAGGGAGUGUUUGCUGCCCUUUAAUUUUUUAAAUCGAUUCCAAAAUUCAAAGGAUGUUGCUUAGGAAGGAGCCAUGAAAAGGCCCUGAGAGCAGUUUUUUUUACAAAACUGCUCUCAAAGUGUCCAGAAUUCAAGUUACUCCUGCUAAGGGCUGCCUCUUUCUAAAAGAAACACCAGGAGAAUAAUUCGUAAUUUAUGUAGACCAACUGGAUCAGUUAGUACAACUCCUAACCAUUAAUAUCUUUCAAUCACUAGUCCUGUGCAUUUAACCUGAAUAGAUUAUUAGAUUUAUCAUUCAGUGAUAGCUUAAAAAAAUAACAGCAAAAGCUCAUAAGUGUGUAACCAAAAAGGGAUCUAUCACUGACUAGUAUGAAGAAACAGAAUUCAUAGUUAAAUAGGUAAUGCUCAUGUCUAACAUGAUUUUGUGAUAUCCUGUGUGUCUUUAUGAUAAUGGUAUUUGUGAAAAUCCUUUUCCAGAAAUGUCACAGCAAAAGUCUCAUUUAUUUUUAUUAAUUCACAUCAUCCAACCAUUUUUUAAUUGUCAUCUUCAUUCAUUCAUCUUACCAUUUAACAUAGUAUAAAAAAUUUUGAGACUAGGCCUACAGUAUUGGCAAACAAAUUUGAAUGUCAGGAUAUAUUGUUAUUUGUUAGAGGAUUCUAAUUAUAUGUACAUCUUUUCAUGACAUGUGAGCACUGAGUUAAGUAGCAUGUGGUGACUGCUCAUGCUUGACGAUUGCAUGAGGAGACCGUAAAAUACCAUCCAAUGCUGCUUAGGCUGACAAAGGACAUUAAUCAUUCACCAUUUCAUUAUAUUUUUAUUUGUGAUAAAACUUGCUUCUGAUUACUUUACCAUUUAUGAGUAAAGAUGUGGAUACAAAGCUUUACAGAGAAGAAAGAUCACAAACUAUUGCAUGGAGACAAGAAAAUCUAUUUAUUGCUGAAAUUGCUAGAUAUGUGAAGGUAUUAAAAUCCACCAUCUUGGUCACUGCUGAAGGAUUAUGUUCUGAUGCUAUUCCACAUCAUAAAUCUGGUUCUGGAUGGCAGAGGAAGAUUACAAAACUACUAAGAAGCUGAUGAAAAGAGGAGCAGUUGGUGAUUGUGGUCUGUUUUUCUUAAAGCAAGGAGAAACAAAGAAUGCUAUGGGAUAUAAACAAGUUGUGGAGUAUCAUUUGUUGCCUUGUUACCUCUUGUUUGAUCUUGACUUCUUCAUGCAAGAGAGUGCACUGUGCCACUGUACAAAAUCCAUGAUAGGCUGGUUCUCUGAAAACAUGAUCCAGCAGCUGGAUUGGCAAGGAAACUCCUCUCACUUGAAUCCAGUAGAACCAGUGCUUAGUGACUGGGACACUUCAUCUACUUUGAAAUUGAAAACAGCAGUUCUAGCAUGUGGGAAAGUGAUUCAACACCAGAGUACCUCUAAAGAUUUUCACAUUCCAUACCAAACAGUUUGAAACAUGGCAAGUACUGUAUUAACAUCAGACAGAGGAGGAAUUGCUAUCAGUCAUUCUGGCUGUGUUGUAAAAAAAUAAAAGAUAAAUAUCAACAUUUAUCUUUUUCUUGCUGUCACAUUGAAUGCAAGAAAAUACUUGACUUAAUUUUGGACACAAUUCCCCAUGAAAAUAUUCCUCCUGAGUAGUGAUAUAGUGCCUAUCAUAUUUCUAAAGUAUUGAUGUGUCAGAAAUGUUAUUUUGUGUUAAACUUGGUUAAAUAAUCUUAGCUCUUACUGCUGACCCAGGUGUUUACCUUGGAGUGCUCUAGUCAGUGUACCAUCAGGACAUCAGACACAUUGCAUGGAGUGUGCAUCAGACUUCAUGAAUGUAAUGCUCUAUGCUCCAAAUUUUGGUAUUCUUGAAUAUUUCUUUUUGGCAGAUCUGAUUCUUGUUUCCACUCCAGCAGUGUUCUUCAAGAUAAUUAUAUGUCUAUAUGUUUGUGUAAGGAAAUGUGUAAUAUGAAAUACAUUUCCUAUUUUAAAGCACAGUACAGUAUAAGCUUAUAAGCUUUGUAGUAUGUACUACUGUAUUUAUUUAAUGUAUAUUCAAGAAGUGAAUUAUUUAUCAUUGUGUGAUCUUUGAGGAGACACUAAAAGAAAUGAAACAAAGACAUACACUCAAACAUUUUAUAUUUAAUAUAUAGAUUAUAAUAUAAAAGUGGAAAUAUCUGUGGAUGCAGUAAGAUAAAAUAAUAGUUGUAUAGCAAUGCCAUAUAUUUGAUUUAUUGUUGAAUAACAUGAUAUCAUAAUAUCUUUCAAAUUAAAAAGCAAGUUCUGCUUUAGAGGAAAAAUAUUAGAAUAUCUACAAUAAAGUUUAAAUUUUCUGAUAGUAUUCUAUUUUUUUACUCGGAUGAAAAAUAUAUUUAGAAAUUCAUUUUAGCAUGUAUAAAAACUUAAUACACACUUGAAAGACCAUAAAUAAAAACAUUGAAAAAUGUUUUUUAUUCACAGUUCACACAUCUUGUACUUCUUUAUGUAAUAAAUGAAAGAAUAAAUGCUAAAUUUGAAUAACUUUUCUAUGUUUGUUUCAAUUUUCUUUUCAAGUAUAGGAGUAACUGCAAUGUUGCUUAGUAUAAUACAAUACAGUG